AUGAAAUCGUCAAAAGCGAAAAAAAACAAAAGCAAAUCCUCAAAAAAAAUAAAACUUAACGAAACCAGCCCCAAUGCUAUCAAAGAAAAACCUUACAUCACCAAAGAAAUCGACACAUCCAUCACUUUGCUAGAAAGUCCUGAAGGUAAUUUGGUAUUAGAAGCUCUACUAUUCUUAUCAAAGUAUGCAGACAUUCAAAGGAACAAUUUAGAAUCCGUCCAAACCCGUGGCCUUUUGCCAAAGCUUUUGGCACUUCUGGACCAUAACAUUUGCAUCGUAAGAGUUUCCUUGAGAUUAUUAUCGCAAUUAUUAACAGUAGAAGCCGCCCAACUCGAAUUAAAUCAAGAAAAAGUCGAUGAAGCUGUCAUGAAAAUCUGCGGGUUCUACAUAAAUCACAGCGAUGUGAACGUAAAGGAGUUUUCUAGUCAGAUUUUGGCAACGUAUAGCACGUUGGGGAAAGCGCACUUCUUAGUUACGGAACCUCGUUUAAUAACAGCGAUUUUGAAAACUAUUAAAAUUCCCGAGACUGAUGUUAUUCUGCGCCAAUCACUGGAGUUACUUAGCAAAUUUAUUGAAAUGGAGUCGGUGCGGAAAAGGCUACCUGAAGAAAAGGAAUUCAAUAUAACAAUUUUAUUGGAAAAGAUGCAAACUUCAGAAAAUUGUUUUCCUAUCAUUUUAGAAAUUUUCGAAAAGAUGACAUAUUUUUGCGAUGAUACGCUACAGACACGAUUGAAAGAAUGCAAUCUUGUUGAGCACAUAUUCGAUAUUAUUACAGAUCCUGAACGAAUCGACUAUGUAGUCACUUGUUUAAAAAUUGUGUUGCAUUGUAUGGGGAAUGAAAAUACGAAGAGCUACUUCACCAGUUCUUUUGAAUUUCUGAAAUUCUGUCAGUGGAUUAAAACAUGUCCAGACCACGUCAUGCAAAUUUGCGCUGAUAUUUUUUUGGAAAUCUCGAAAAUCGAUUCGAUUAAACAGAUGUUGUUCGAUUUAUCGAUUGAAGACAUCAUUCUUUCGUUUUUUAGAAGUUCUGAUAAACAAGUUUUAAAUACUACAUGUGACGCUGUGAAUUUCAUGGCUAAACAUAAAUAUUGCUGCGAGAAGAUGGUUACUCCGGUCGUGAUAAAAAAACUUCUUGAGAUAAUGCGGAGAGUGGGUGAUAGCGAAGAUCCUGAAAAUGAGGUGGCUUUAUCAACUUUACACUAUUUCAGUAGAAGGGAUUCAAGAACUAUUUACAUGAUCCGCACCUACGAUGGGAUAGAAGUUCUCUUAAAAUACUUGAAAGAACGAAGCGAUAAACUCUCCACCGAUUCGUACAAGAAAGUUCUGGAAAUCAUCAAUAUGUUCGUUACUAACAAUCAAUUGCAAAGUCUUAUUCUUUCGCCAGAUUUAUACGAAGUAAUUUUAACGCAAACUUCGAGCAAAUUCGAUGAAAUAUGCAUGAGAAGCUUGGAAAUUAUGAUAAACUGCUUAAACCACGAAGAUUUCCAAAAUUACUUCUUAUUAAAUAAAGGAUCUCAAGUCGUGGCUGACAAGCUCUCCAGCACAACGAACGAGCAAGUAGUUAGACUGCUCAUUAUUUUUAUUCAUAAUGCUUUGAUGUAUGAGAAUUUAGCUAGAGACUUAAUUUACAAGAAAAUUUUAUUAAUCUUGAAACGACUACCAGAGGGGGUCAAAUAUCGCAACCCUUUAAUUCAAACAACCAUCAAUUUAAUUUACAACAUGUGUCUACCCGUGAAAUUCUAUGAAACCGGUCGAUUAGAAUUCACAGAUCGACUGAAUGAAAGAUUCUACGUCAUAAACGGACCAUGGAAUGAACCCUUCCCCUUUUUAGAAGUGCUGGAGUUGCGUCGAAUGUCAACUUUAAGUACCAUUUAUGUGGUCGACGAGUGUGAGCAUAAUGAACAGAAAUGCUUCGACUGCAUAAGCAUCCACACUCAGAAUAUGCCCAGUAUAAGUGCCAAUUACUCCUUCUCGACCAUUUCCUCCGUUUCUUCGUACCAAACCCGUUGUACCAUCAAUUUUGGGCUCCUCUCCCAUGAUCCAUAUCUCCCUAAAUAUGUCGAACAAAUAAAAAACCUCGUCACUAAUGUCACCGACUUCGAAAAGAAAAUCCAAAUUCUGGCCAAAUUUGUCGAUACGUGUUUGUGCGGACCUGAGAAGAACUCAACAAACCGAGACAAGCAGCACACAUUUAAGCUACACAUUGCAUGCAUCAAGCAGAAAUUAGGGACCAACAUGAUUCCAAUAGGUUAUCUGCGACUAGGUUUCCAAUGUGAAAGAGCUCUGCUUUUUAAAGCACUAGCUGACCACGUUGACGUUCGGGUGAGUUUGGUUAAAGGCAAAAAUAAAAUGUACUGGAACGAAGUAGCGUUGAUCCAAACUGUGGAUCGCAAGACAGCUUUGAAAAUGUUUGUUGUUGAUUUGAUGAGCAAUAUUGGACAGCUGUUGCCCGUCGGAUCAAGAGAAUGUAAUAUGUACUGCGAUAUUCAAUAA